UCAAAGUCUUUGUGCUUUUCAAGACAGCGAGGCGACAGAAGGAAAAAAACAGCUGGAUCCAAGGAUCAGCUCAGCUAGCUAUCAGCACAUCAAGCUAGCUCAUUCUCCUCGGCUGCCUCACUUCGACAAGCUGCUCGUGAGGCUGAUGAUGUGGUGUGAAGAUGGAGGCUCCUGAAUACCUGGACCUGGAUGAGAUCGAUUUCUCUGAUGAUUCAGUGUAUUCUGUGACGUCUCUGAAGAGCAUCCCAGAGUUGUCCAGGAGGAGCGAUGGCCAGGCUGAGGAGAGACCAGCUCCCGCCAUCAACUGGAGUCGUGGAGUUUCCUCUCACAGUGGAGGGGGAAUCAAACCCACGGGGCUCGCCGAGGUCCACAGUAAGUUCCGGCCGGUGAAGAGGGUCUCCCCUCUCAAACACCAACCAGAGACCACCGACUCAGACUCUGAUGGGAAAGUCCAGAGCCAGGGGCUGGGCCUGGGGGAGCCGGGGGAGGACAACAAGGAUGACCAAGGCUCCAACAAAACAACUCACGCCUCCUCCUCCUCCUCCGACGGGCCAGGAGGGAAGGCGAAGAGCCUGGGUGGCGGUGUGGGCGUUGUCGGAGGGAACAACCCUCAGGCUCUGUUUGGGGAGCUGGAGCACUACGAUCUGGACAUGGACGAGAUCCUGGACGUGCCUUAUAUCAAGUCCAGUCAGCAGAUGUCCACGCUGCCUCGCGUCCCCCACGACAAGCGCUCGGUGACGGGGAGCAACCUGAGCGGAGGCACCCUGGAGAGGAACCGUGGUGGAGGGCUGAAGAGUUCUGCGUUACCCCACAACGAGCCUCUGAGCCUGGGCAGCAGCAGCUCACAGACUCCGUAUUGUGUUCUGUCUCCGGUGAAGUGGUCGGACCUGAGGAAGUCCAAGUCAAUGGAUCCAGAUCUGCACCACCUCCACCGUGCCCCGGCUGGAGGAAGUUACCAGCCAGAGCUGCACUCCUCCGGCCUCCUCAGCUGCUCCUCCUCCCUCUCGUCUUUCUCUGAUGCAGACAAGCUGCUGUCUGCGCGGGUCUACCCAGACUCUCAGAGCCAGAGAGCAGGCGUGGAGCCUCCAGGGGGCCCAGGGAUGAUGUACCCCCUUCCUGGGUGCAGUGUGAGCAGGCAGGAUAGCUCUAAGACCUGGACUCCAGGACAAGGAGGAGGUGGAGGUGGAGGUGGAGGUGCAGGAGGAGGCGGUGGUGGACCGAGGGGGUUUGGUGGGGGCGGAGGAGCAGGAGGGGAGGUGGACGAGGAGACCAAGAAGAACCAGAACAUCAUCAACAUCGUCAGAGAGGGACAGAUCUCACUGCUGCCUCACCUGGCGGCUGAUAACCUGGAGCUGAUCAGAGACGAGGACGGGAACAAUCUGCUGCACAUCUCGGCCAGUCAGGGUCACGCUGACUGUCUGCAGCAUCUCACCUCUCUGAUGGGCGAGGACGGCCUCAACGAACGCAACAACCAGCAGCUCACCCCCGCCGGCCUGGGAGUCAAGAACGGUCAUCUGGAGUGUGUCAGGUGGAUGGUGAGUGAGACGGAGGCCAUAGCAGAACUGAGCUGCACCAGAGAACAUCCCAGUCUGAUCCACUACGCCGCCCGCUAUGGACAGGAGAAGGUCUUGUUGUGGUUGCUUCAGUUCAUGCAGGAGCAGGCGAUCUCUCUGGAUGAAGUCGACCAGAACGGAAACACCGCCGUCCACGUCGCAGCGCAGUACGGACACCUCACCUGUAUACAGACUCUGGUGGAGUACGGCUCCAACGUGACGGUCCAGAACCAGCAGGGGGAGCGGCCCUCCCAGAGCGCCGAGCGGCAGGGACACACCACCUGCGCCCGCUACCUUGUUGUCGUGGAAACCUGCAUGUCGCUUGCGUCGCAGGUUGUUAAACUCACCAAACAGCUCAAUGAACAGGCAGCAGAGAAGAUUGCUCUACAGAAACAAAUGCAGAGACUGAUGGACCCCAACAAAGCAGAGGGGACACCUUCCAGAUCACCCAACUCCCAUCAGCCCUCAGUGGAGGCGUGGCCAGAGAUGAUGCUGACAGCGGAGGGGACUCCUGGGGACGGUCAUUGGUUGGUUCGUCAGGGAGGGGUGGGGCCAGACUCAGUGCUGCGGCAGCUGCUGGGGAAGGACGCGCCGGAGAUGCUGUGUCCCAGAGAGAGGCUUCCUCUGGCGGGUGGCCUGAGCAGAGACGGCCCCGGGGCCCCUGGGGCCCGCAGGACCGGGCUGGUGGAGAGGAGAGAGCUGAAACUAGCAAGACUCAAACAGAUCAUGCAGCGCUCUCUGAGCGAAUCAGAUUCAGACGGUUAUCCACCGGAGGAAGGUAAAAGUCAAGGAGCCCCAACCACAAACACAUUGCGACCUGAUAGGCCGUCCCAUCUGCCAAUCACAGAGGAGGAGCCAGUUUCCAACCAUCUCCACUUGAUGAUGAGGAAGCACCUCCCCUCCUCCUCCUCCUCAGCAGCAGAGAAGAAGCAGGCGUUUUCUGUCAGCGGGUCAAAGUCGGUGGACAGUGGUGGUUACAACCCCUCCCCCACCUCCAGUGACCCCGACGCCACAGACGGAAAAACACCCGAUGCAACCAGCGACGCCCACGACGCCGCCAAUGGCCAGAAAGUCGCCACCAGCCCCAAGAGCGCCCUGAAGUCGCCCUCCUCUCGCAGGAAGACAUCUCAGAACCUCAAGCUGAGGGUAACGUUCGACGAGCAGGUCCACAAGAGCUCCAGUCAGGAGGCGGAGCCAACCAAAGGGCAUCAUGGGAAGGAGAGGACUCCAACAGGAAGCUCUGAAAGCAAGCGGCCAUUCGGGGCGUUCCGCUCCAUUAUGGAGACGCUGAGCGGGAACACAAACCACAGCAACAACAACAGCGGUGGCCAAUCAGGCGCCGCUGUGAAAGUUUCUACCUGUCAGAACUCACCUGGCAGGAAGUCAGAGAGUAAAAGCAGCCCAGGAGGAGGCAAGGGCAAGAACAAGACCAGUAACGUUUAACUGGGCAGCGAGCACAUAAGGAACACGCCACGCUCAGGAGCAAACAGCAAGAGGCAGCAGACAUGAGAAGUUUAUAGUGAAUUAACCCAAAUGCAAAGAAACGUCAUGUGACAUCUGCUGGAAUCAACAGGAAUUAGUUUUUUCCAUUAAUAUUAGCGUCUCUGUUAAGACCUUCACAGUCAACAGUUUCUCAUGUUCUUUGCCUCAAACGUUUGACUCGACAGUUUUUAUACAGUUUACGGACUGAAAGACAGAAACAGAAAAUGUCUCAGCUGUUAUUGUCUCUUUGUCAUCUUGUUCAAAUGUAUUUGAUGCUGUUAAACAGACAGAAUCACUUUAAAAUGAACGAGAAUCAUCAGUGUAUUGGUGAGACUCGAGGAUUUGUUUUUAAUGACGAAAUGAAAAUGAAGGACGUUUAUUUGUGUUGUAAUCAGCGUUCCUGCAGAAACCUCACAUUUCCUGUCCUCGUUAGUUUGAUUUUACACCAGAACGCAAAACAUUCGUCUUCUAAAAUGAACCAAAACAAAUGUAUCAUUUUUAAAAGAUUAACGGUUUCUGUUACUGUUACUGUACUUUGUCCUCUUUACACUAAAGAUGAAAAAUAUUUAUGUUUAAGCACACAGUUAUAUGAUUUGAAAUGUUUAAAAUGUGGUUAUAAUCACGCACGUGGUCAAUGCACCAGCACAAAAAAUCUUUUUAAAACCACUGUAUAUAUAUAGUAGUAUUUAAAUGUUGUUUUUUUUUUCAUUAUAUUCCACACUUUUUUAUUUUUUAUUUCCAUGGUUAUUAUCUAUGCAGUAUUUUUGGCAUGAAGUAGACGUUAGUUGUGUGAUGUGCUUGCGACGGGGAGGUUGGAGGACGCACCUUCUACAGCGGCUGACAAACAGACCGAUCAUAUAAACUUUUAAGAGAAGAAGAAGUUGAAACAUGUCGAUUCAUUCCAGAGAUUGAAACGAGAGAUUAGAGAAGAUAAACUCAAAGCUGGAAACUAAAAGUCCGAGGCUGUAAACUGAUGGUGUCGUCUGUCAUAUUCUGGACCUCCGAUAGUGAAUUUUCAGACACAGUGUUUAUUACUCACAACAAUCUCACUGUAGAGGAUAUUAAAGAUAGAAAUAGAGGUGCAACAGUACAAAAUCUAAACUGUUCUCUGUGAACCUCAGCUCUCUGCAUGUGGUUUAGCACAUUUUUGGCACAGCAAGUGGCCAAAAAAGUAAUUAUUGGCACUCAAACAUUGGCACUGAUGCUCAGUCAUUACUGCAAAAGACUGUUAUCUGCAUGUUUUCAAAUAGAAACUGUAAAAAAUGUUUACUGAGACCAGUUGCAUAUUUAUAACUAACCACAAAAGACCACUCCGUCGAUUUAUCGUUAUCCUCUAGAGCUGCAACGAUGAAUUGAUAGUCGAUUGAAAGAAAAUCAAUCAUCAUUAAUGUUACUAAGUUAUUUUUC